AUGCGCCAUUGCCAACCCCUACGUCUGUGCCGGGGAUGCAUGUCCCUCCCUGUGACUGUGUGGCAUGGCGUGUCGUUAUGUGUGUGCUGGCUGGCAGGGACGUCCUCCCCACCUUUGCGGUUCUCUUCCCCUCCUCCCUCAUCGAGCAACUACUCGCCGUCGAUGGGCUCGUGUGAGUGGAUGGGAUGCGGCCGUGCUGGUAACCACAUUCGAUCCUUUCUCCCUUGUUCUUCGCUCUAUACCCCACACCCUUCCCCUCCUCCCUCGUUGAGCGACUCCUCGCUGUUGAUGGGCUCGUGUGAGUGGAUGGGGCGGGACACAAGCACACGUGUCCACGAUGCAGGGAACUGCCUUCUCUCCCUCCCUCUCUCGCUCCUCUCCCUAUACCUCCACUCCCUUUCGCCCUUCCGAGUCAUCCAUCUGCCCUGUAUUCGUCUCAGAAUCAGUCGCCCUUCUCCCUCUCUCUCCUCCUCUCCACCUCUGCACUCAUCUCCUCCCUCCCCCAGCUUCGAUCCGGCUCUAUUGCUGCACGGAGAGCAGUACCUAUGCCUCUUCCGCCCCCUGCCCACCUCUGCCAAGGUGGUGAAUCGUGCGCGCAUAUCAGCGCUGAAGGACAAGGGCGGGACGGCUAUAGUGGACGUGGAAACAGUGGUGAAUCGAGCGCGCAUAUCAGCGCUGAAGGACAAGGGCAGGGCGGCCAUAGUGGACGUGGAAACAGUGUCGUUCGACCGCGAGUCAGGCGCCAGGCUGGCAGUCAACAGGGACCUGAAGGACAAGGGCAGGGCGGCCAUAGUGGAAGCUGAGGCAGUCUCAUUUGACCGCGAGUCAGGCGCCAGGCUGGCAGUCAACAGUGCGUCAGUCGCCAGACAGCCAUCCGUUCGCCCAGCACCCCAUGCAUCAGCAGAGGAGCGCAUCCCCCCCAAUCAGGCUCUGCUGUACCGCCUCUGUGGCGACCUCAACCCCCUCCACUCCGACCCUGAAUUCGCCGCCACUGCAGGCUAUCCUCGCCCGAUCCUGCACGGCCUCUGCACGCUCGGCUUUGCCACCCGAGCCAUCCUCCGAACCUGCUGCAGGGGCGACCCGAGCCUCUUUCACAGCGUGCAGGUUCGGUUCACCGGGCAUGUGUUUCCUGGGGAAACUCUCAUCACCCGAACCUGGCAGCCCGUGUCCAUACCAGCAUCAAGCGCAGCAGGGGAAGAUGAGCCAGCAGGAUCGGGAGAGGGGGGCGUGGGAGCAUGGGGGAGGCCGUUGAUGCGUGUGAGCUUUGAGUGCUGGAUCGCAGAGCGCAACAGGAUGGUGCUGUCUGGGUGGAUGCAGCUGUGUGCUGACAGUGAAGGCACGGACAAUGAAUUCACGGGAAGAGAUGUUACGGGCGGAACCCGCUUGGCCAAGCCACGCUUGUAG